UUUCAAAAGAGCUGAGUAGUUUGGUACACCCCAGUUACAUUCGGGAAGCAGAAGCCACGCUGCUGUAGUAAUAUAGUAAGUCACUUCCGCCACUUUAUACGAUAGCACGGAAUAAUAUAGGUUUUUUUUAGUGAAAUAUUAGGACAAUUUCAGUAACUUUCAAAGCGCACAAUGGCUGAGAAGAUGGACCUGGAACAAGGGAGGGCAUCCAACGGCGAGCCGUUGGCGAACGGACUGACCAGCCCGAAGAGCAGCAGCCCAGAGUUGCUUUCACAGCGGGUGAAGAGGGUGGUGAUGGCUAACUUGUUGGUGAUUCUCACCGUGGCUGGGGUCAUCAUCGGUGUUUUUAUCGGGCUUGGUGUGCGAAACGUGGCGCUCACGAAGACCCAGAUCAUUUACAUCGGUUUUCCCGGCGAACUGCUUAUCCGGCUGCUGAAGAUGAUCAUCAUUCCUCUGGUGGUAUGCAGUCUAGUGUCCGGGGCGGCCAGUAUUGACCCUAAAGCCCUGGGAAAACUCGGCGGAUGGGCUAUGCUCUUCUUCUUAGUCACUACCUUAAUCGCGUCGUCCAUCGGGGUUGUGAUGGCUUUCAUCUUAAACCCGGGUUCGGUGCCUAUAUCCAAACCCGGUCUAUCUGACCAAGACGAUGUACCUGUCGCCAAAGAAGUGAUCGACUCCUUCUUGGAUUUGAUCAGAAACAUCUUUCCUUCCAACCUGGUGUCUGCCGCCUUUCAGUCGUAUGCAACCACCUACAAGUUGAUUCCCAGGAAUACAUCAGAUGGAAACACUUCUUUCUCAGAGAAGGUGCCUGUUGGAAUAGAACAGGACGGCAUGAAUAUUCUUGGUCUGGUAGUGUUUGCCAUUGUGUUUGGUAUAGCUUUAAGGAAGCUGGGAGAGGAAGGAGAGAUUCUCAUCAAGUUCUUCAACUCCUUCAAUGAGGCCACCAUGGUGCUGGUGUCUUGGAUCAUGUGGUAUGCCCCUCUUGGUAUCAUGUUCCUUGUAGCUGGCAAGAUUGUUGAGAUGGAGGAUGUUGGCGCACUGUUCGCCAGUCUGGGAAAAUAUAUAGCCUGCUGUAUCAUUGGACAUGCCAUCCAUGGCCUUCUUGUGCUGCCUGCCAUCUACUUCGUUAUCACAAGGAAGAAUCCAUACGUCUUCCUCUGGGGGAUAUUCACAGCUCUGGCAACAGCCUUCGGAACAAGCUCCAGCUCUGCCACUCUACCCCUGAUGAUGAAGUGUGUGGAGGAAAAUAACGGCGUAUCCAAGCACAUCAGCCGUUUUAUCCUGCCCAUUGGAGCGACGGUCAACAUGGACGGAGCUGCUCUCUUCCAGUGUGUGGCAGCUGUUUUCAUUGCUCAGCUGAACGACACUCACCUUAACUUCAUCCAAAUCAUUACCAUCCUUGUGACGGCUACAGCGUCCAGUGUCGGAGCUGCAGGUAUACCUGCUGGUGGUGUGUUGACCCUGGCCAUCAUCCUUGAGGCAGUGGGACUGCCCACCAGUGACAUCUCUCUCAUCCUGGCUGUUGACUGGCUUGUUGACCGUACCUGCACAGUGCUGAACGUGGAGGGUGAUGCCUUUGGAGCUGGCCUCUUGCAGUAUUUUGUAGACCGCACGGCCAAACGAGAGGAAGGAGCAGAGCUGACCGAUGUCAGGCUGGAGGAAGGCCUAUCAGUCCCUGCCCCUGAGCACUCGCCGCUCAUUGGAAAACGAGACGCCGCAGUUGUAUCCGAGUCCGUCAUGUAAUUCAGCUGCUGAGAUCAAUAAUGACUCUCAUUUAUGACACUCCUACAAGAUGAAACGUGAGCUAUAAACCCCCCCCCCCACCUUGAAGAUGAACAUGCACACUAUAAAAUGUUCUCUGUAUUUUUCUGGGAGCUCUAAAAUGUAGGGGGAAAUUGAAAAUCUUUUUUUUUUUUUGAGGCACAGUACUGCAUAUUAGUCUGGCUCCUGCAGUGACUCAAUUUGGUCCUCAUCAAUUUUAAAGUCUGAAUUUUAUAAUUUGGCCAAGUUGUGCAAGCCAGGUGUUCAUCAGUCACAACUAGAUUCCAUCCACUGCAGUGUCAAGAAUGGUAAUGUCAAAUCUAAUGUUACAAGCAGAAGAGAUGUUAGAUUUAUUCAUUCAUCAUUUAGAGAUAGACGUUACAAGGAUGUAUUUACCCGUUGGCUCACUUUUACUGAUUUGUACUUUAAACUUCUCACACAACUAGCAGAAGUAAACCACAGGUAUGUCCCACCUCAUAGUGGGAAAUGGGAACAUUUUCUGACUAUAAAAGUUGAUGAGAACUACCAUACAACUUGCUGCACCAAAUUUUGAAAGUAAUAGAAUCUAUUACUUUCAAAAUUUUAUUUUAUUUUAGUUGUUAUAUGAACAUACAUUGUUUGUGUGUAUAUAUAUAAUACAUGAUUAUGGACAUUUUCAAGCAGAUUUAAUCUAAUGUAUUUAAACUGUAGGUCUUUGUACAAGAUUUGUCAUAUUUAGUGUAUGAAACAUUAGUGUUCCAUGCAUGAAAAUGACCAUAAUGUUUGUAAAAUACACAAACAUUUAUUCUUUUCACAGUUGCUUUUAAAGGGGGUGGAAAGCCUUUAUUAGUCUGUCAUUGUGUCUAUGGUUACUCCAUGGUACCUUUUACGCAUGAUGCCUUUCUCAUGGUGAGAAAAAGCACUAAAGCUGUAAAACCUGUACUCAAGAUUAUAUGUAUUGUCCAAAGCACACCAAAUGAAAUGAGGUCGUCAAAACGUCCCAGCGAAUGAAGGACCUUUUUUCUCAAGGACUAAAAAUACAUUAACAUGCAUGGACACGGAUUCACCUCUAAACAUUUCUGCCUCUUCAGAUGGACCUUAAUGCAGUGGCAGGCAACAUAACCUCAGGUGUAACUAUGGCUUGAAGAUGGUCUUUAAAAUUCCAUGACCAAAAAUUACGCUGUCCCAGCAAACACGCAGGACACUGGAUGACAUUUCCAGGGAGGUGUGCUUUUUUGUUUUUUGUUUUGUUAAAAACUAAAAAGAAAAAAGAAAUGUAUAUCUAUAUCCCACAUUAAACUCAUGCUGCUGUU